AUGAGGGCAGAAGCAGACCAACGAAAUCCUGACAAGUAUUGUCAGUAUCAUCGCACCCACGGCCAUGAUACCAACAACUGCUACCAGCUGAUUAGUGAGAUCGAAAUGCUGAUCAAGAGGGGACACCUCAGGAACUUUGUGAAGAAGCCGGAGGGGCAGAGUCCUCAGCCGAACCCAACAGCACAAACACCCAGGAGGACGGGAGCAGGGCCGGUGAAUGAUGGCUCCAGUGGAACCAUCAACAUGAUCGUUGGAGGGACCGGAGGUCGGAUGAGUCGAAGGGGAAAGAAGAGAGGCCGAGAGGGGGAAAGCAGCAGCGCCGAAGUCAUGCAGGUAGUUGAGCACUCUCCAGUAACUAUCACUUUCUCUCCGGAGGAUGCCCAGGGUGUUCAGAUGCCUCAUGAUGACGCCUUUGUUAUUGAAGCCGUCAUCCACAACUACCGGGUUAAGAAGAUUUUGGUGGAUGACGGGAGUAAGGUAUUCCUGACGAUGCUUACGGGGCCGGCACGGGCGUGGUUUAACAGCUUGGAGGCUGGGAGUAUUAGGAGCUUCGGGGAUCUGGCCAACUCCUUCAUCAGCCGGUUCAUAGUCGGAGUACCAGCGGAUAGAAAGACCAGCUAUUUGGAGACGGUCAAGCAGAGAAGGGACGAGUCACUGAGGGAGUAUGUUGCCCGUUUUAAUAUGGAGGCUCUACAAAUCCCCGACUUGGAUUAG